UAAUUAAAAAUGACAGCAAUACUAGGUGCUGGUAUAUCAGGUUUAUCAGCUGCAUAUUAUGCUCUUGAAAAUCCAAAAAUAGGGCCAUUAGUUAUAUUCGAAGCUUCAAAUCGUCUAGGUGGUUGGAUACGCUCCAUAAAACAACCUGAUGGAACAAUUUUUGAGAAAGGUCCAAGAGUUAUUAGAGCCAGCUCACAUAAUUUAUUGGACUUAAUUGAGGAAUUAGAAUUAUCAUCUAAACUUGUUCCUAUUAAGUUUAACCACCCUGCAGGUAAAAACCGAUAUAUUUAUGCAGAUAAUGCAUUACAUUGUUUACCUAACACCUUGAAAGGAAUGGUAACAAAAAAUACAUUGUUAAAUCGUUCCUUUAGUAGUGUUAUAUGGAAUGAUUUGAUAGCAGUAAAAGUUUCUAAAGAUGAUGAAAGUAUAUAUAGUUUUGUAAAAAGAAGAUUUGGGAAAGAUGUAUCUGAAAAACUGGUUGCUCCAAUGUUGUGUGGAAUUUGUGCCGGUGAUGUACAGAAAUUAAGUGCAAAAUCUUUUAUGACAAGUCUGUUCGAGGCUGAACAAAACUAUGGUUCUGUAGUUAAGGGUCUUGUGAAACAAAAAUUUUUAACUAUGUUAAAAGUUAAAAAAGGAAAAGCAAUUAAAUCAGAAAUUCCAAAUGAUACUCAGACAGUAAUUAAAUCACAUAGCAUGCCUUCACAUUUAGUAGAAAGGGCUAAAAGAGAAUUAUGGCGUAUAUGGGGACUCCAAGGAGGUUUUGAACAACUACCUCAAACACUAGCUGAAAAUAUAAUUAAACGUGGAGUAAAUAUAAAGAUGAAACAUCAUUGUGAACAACUUAUUUUUAAUAAAAAUAGUGUAGAAUUGAUUGUAAAUGGAACAAGUGAAAAGUAUUCUCAUGUUAUAUCAGGUUUGCCUGCAAAAAGUUUAGCUAAUCUAGUAGAAAAACAACAUCCAGAAUUAUCUAAAGAACUACACAGUAUACCUACUGUAACAGUAGCUGUAAUUAAUCUUCAAUUUUCUGAAAAUGUUUUACCUGUGGAUGCUUUUGGAGUUCUUAUUCCACCAAAGGAAGAAAUUCCAAUUUUGGGUGUGAUAUUUGAUUCAUUGUUACAAAUUUUUUAAAUCCAGGUACUGACAGUAAUGAUGGGUGGGGCAUGGUUUGAAAAAUAUUUUGGUAACUGCUCAUCAGAAGAACAUUUAAGAACUACAGCACUUAAAUAUGUGAAUGAAAUUUUAUGCAUUAACGAAGAUCCCAGAGCAUGUAAUGUUUCCAUUCUGAAGGACUGUAUUCCACAAUAUGUAAUAGGUCACGCACAACGUUUAACCCGUAUCCACGAUUAUAUCUCUGAGCAUAAAAUUCCUUUAGGGCUGUGUGGCUCUUCAUACCACGGUGUAGGUGUCUCUGAUGUUAUUCUGUCAGCAAAAGAGGCUGUUUCUAAUAUCAAUCAACAUAUGCUAUAGUUUUAUAAAAUUCAAAUUCCAAUGAAGCUUGGCCAAGCAAACACUAUAAUGCUCUUCUUUAAUUUAAAUAUGAAAUAAUA